AUGUUCAUCCGAAACUGUUUUCAUUUUCUUAACCUUAUUGCUCUACUCAAUUGCAUCUUCUUUAUAAUUAUCCCAGUUUCUUUCUUUGAGAGUAAGGCCUAUCGAAAUCCCCACCUCCGUUUUUCUCCCGCUGUUUGUUUUUUUUUUCUCACAACCAUGCGCAAUACUACCUUCUCUGUAACUAUUAGAGAGGGCUUACAUGCUCUCGUGACUUUCUUUUAUAACCAUCGGCAUUCUCUCUCUCUCUCUCUCUCUUUCUCUCUCUCUUUCUUUAAUUCUCUCUUAUUUCUCUUUCAUUCUCUCGUUUUGCCUUUUUCUCUCACUAUAGCUAUCUCGCCCCUUUCGUUCACCUCUCUUUUCAUUUGUCUCUUUUUCACUUGCUUGUUCUCAUCGGCUCCAUCUAACUCUCUCUGUCUCUCUCUCUGUCAGUCAGUACCUCUAUUUGUAACGUUUGAUAUUGCCUAUUUCUUUCAUUUGUUUCCUUUGCCUUGCUAUGUCUCCUUGUUUUAUGUUAUAGGUGUAGAUACUAUAUCCCUCUUUCUAUUUAUCAUUUCUUUUCUUUCUGUUUCAAAUCACCACGACAUAUCUCUCUUUUCUCUUGCUCGAUCUAUCUAUCUAUCUAUCUAUCUAUCUAUCUAUCUAUCUAUCACAAUCCGUUUAAAUAUCUAUCUCAUUCUCCUUCUGUCUGUCUCUCUGUCUGUCUCACACUCUUUCUUUUUGGCCUUUAUACAUGACAAGAAAGCAGUUGUUCUUUCAUUCUGUCAUAAUCUCUCUCCUUUUCUCCUUUUCCAUCAACUCGUUUUCUACCUGAUAUUCUAUCUCUUUCUCUUUGAACAUAAUUGUGAUCGACAUCCUCUUUUUUUUUAUUUUCCCCUUCGCUUUCUCUCUGUCUCUCUCUGUCCCCCUCUCACGAAUACAUAUUCGUUGUAUUUUUGCAUAUCUUAA